UAAAAAAUCUUACAAGUUGUAAUUUUUUCACACCUUCAAAAAGCUAGCCUAAAGCCCUCUUGUGUUCAUGAUAUUAAUGCCUUUGCCUUUGUUCUAGCCUUGUGUUGAGUAGAGAGAGAAGAAUCUUUUGUUUCUGUCUCAUCUCCCAUUAGCUGUGGCUUUUUAGCCUUGAAGAUGGGUUGAUCACUAACUUGGAUUUGCUUAGCUAUUUUCAACAAUUUGCCAUCUUAACUUUGGUUUCUGGAUUCGGUAAUACUAGUAAAUGCUGUUUUCAGAUUAUGUUGAUUGGAUAAAAGGGGAAACAGUUUAGUCCUCGUGCUAUUCUCAGUAGAUCAGAAGCUUUCUACCUGAACCGAAAAUGGUUUCAAGGUCUUAUUCAAACCUCUUAGAUCUUGCUUCCGGCGAUUCCCUGACUUUCAAUCGUGAAAAGAAGAGGCUUCCUCGAGUGGCAACUGUUGCCGGGGUGUUGUCUGAGCUAGAUGAUGAUAACAAUAACAGUGUUGGCUCUGAUGCCCCCUCAUCUGACUCUCUAGAAAGGAGGAUCAUUGUAGGAAACCAGCUUCCCCUUAGGAUGCAUCGAAGUUCCGAUGGCAGUGGUAAUUGGAACUUUAGCUGGGAUGAAGACUCACUUCUUUUGCAGUUAAAAGAUGGCCUUGGUGAAGAUGUAGAAGUUAUCUAUGUUGGUUGUCUUAAAGAGCAGAUCGAAAUGAGUAAGCAAGAUGAUGUGUCUCAAACUUUGCUUGAAAAUUUCAAAUGUGUUCCGGCAUUUAUACCUUCCGAGCUUUUUAGUAAAUUCUAUCAUGGAUUUUGCAAACAGCACCUCUGGCCUUUGUUUCACUACAUGCUUCCUCUAUCACCAGAUCUAGGUGGCCGGUUUGAUCGGUCCCUUUGGCAAGCUUAUCUUUCUGUGAACAAGAUAUUUGCUGACAAAGUAAUGGAAGUUAUCAGCCCUGAUGAUGAUUUUGUGUGGGUUCAUGACUACCAUUUGAUGGUUUUGCCAACAUUUCUAAGGAAGAGAUUUAAUAGGGUGAAGCUUGGAUUUUUUCUUCAUAGCCCAUUUCCAUCAUCUGAAAUUUAUAGGACACUUCCUGUAAGAGAUGAGCUUCUAAGAGCACUACUUAAUUCAGACCUUAUUGGGUUUCAUACUUUUGAUUAUGCCAGGCAUUUCCUCUCAUGUUGUAGUAGAAUGCUUGGUAUUUCUUAUCAAUCCAAGCGAGGCUACAUAGGCCUUGAGUAUUAUGGUCGCACUGUAAGCAUUAAAAUUCUACCAGUUGGAAUUCACAUUGGCCAGCUCCAAUCUGUACUGAAUCUUCCUGAGACGCAAGCUAAGGUAGCAGAGUUGCGAGAUCAGUUUAAGGAUCAAACCGUUAUGCUUGGGGUUGAUGACAUGGACAUAUUUAAAGGAAUCAGCUUGAAACUUUUGGCUAUGGAACAUUGGCUCCUAAACCAUCGUGAGACACAGGGUAAAGUUGUUUUGGUUCAAAUUGCAAACCCUGCUAGAGGUCGUGGAAGGGAUGUACAAGAGGUCCAGGCUGAAACUCAUGCCACAGUGAGAAGGAUUAAUGAAAAAUUUGGAUUGCCAGGAUAUGAGCCAGUGGUUUUGAUUGAUCAGCCACUUCAGUUUUAUGAACGCAUUGCUUAUUAUGUUAUUGCAGAGAGUUGCCUUGUAACAGCUGUGAGGGAUGGAAUGAAUCUUAUACCCUAUGAAUACAUAAUAUGCCGUCAAGGAAAUGAGAAACUAGAUGAGGUUUUAGGACUAGACCCUUUAGCCGCAAAGGACAGCAUGCUGGUGGUCUCUGAAUUUAUUGGAUGCUCACCAUCACUAAGUGGGGCCAUUAGAGUUAACCCAUGGAACAUUGAAGCUGUGUCUGAAGCUAUGGAAUCUGCACUAUCAGUCUCUACGGCGGAAAAACAGUUGCGGCAUGAGAAGCACUAUAGGUAUGUGAGUACUCAUGAUGUUGCAUAUUGGGCUCGCAGCUUUUUGCAGGACCUUGAUAGAGCUUGCAAAGAUCAUGUAAGGAGACGAUGUUGGGGAAUUGGUUUUGGUUUAGGAUUUCGAGUGAUUGCUUUGGAUCCAAGUUUCAGGAAGCUGUCAAUUGAGCAUAUUGUUUCAGCAUAUAAGAGGACCAAAAAUCGAGCAAUUCUUUUGGAUUAUGAUGGUACAAUGAUGAUUCCAGAUUCACUGAGCACUACUGCUAAUGCUGAGGCUGUUGCAGUUUUGAACAACUUGUGCAGAGACCCCAACAAUGUGGUCUUCCUCGUCAGCGGGAAAGACAGAAGGACUCUAACGUCAUGGUUUUCUUCUUGUGAAAGGCUUGGAAUCGCUGCUGAGCAUGGUUAUUUUGUGAGGGCAAAUCAAGAUGCAGAAUGGGAAACUUGUGUAUCAGUGCCAGAUUUCGGCUGGAAGCAAAUUGCUGAGCCAGUUAUGCAAUUGUACACUGAAACAACUGAUGGUUCUGCCAUUGAAACCAAAGAGAGUGGACUGGUUUGGAAUUAUCAAUAUGCAGAUCCGGAUUUUGGGUCAUGCCAAGCUAAGGAGCUUUUGGAUCACCUGGAAAGUGUUCUUGCCAAUGAGCCUGUUUCUGUCAAAAGUGGCCAAUUCAUAGUAGAAGUUAAACCUCAGGGUGUCAACAAGGGUCUCAUCGCUGAACGCCUACUUGCAGCCAGGCAACAUAAUGACAUGCUUCCUGAUUUUGUUCUGUGUAUCGGGGAUGACCGAUCAGAUGAAGAAAUGUUUGAGGUGAUAAUGAAUGCCCGCACAGGUCCGUCAUUGUCUCCGGUUGCGGAAGUAUUUGCUUGCACUGUUGGGCAGAAGCCCAGCAAAGCUAAGUAUUACUUGGAUGACACUUCUGAGAUAUUGAGAAUGUUACAAGGCCUUGUGGAGGUUUCCGAACAGGCUGCCUGUGCAUCCCAAGCUUCUCAAAGACCGGUUAUUGACAGAGAAUAAUCAGGCAGAAUGACUCCUAGGCUCCCUGAGGUGUUUCUCCAGUGUACAUUGGGUUUGUGCCAUGUGGAAAAUCUGUCAAAUUUAGGUGUUUCUCUUACCUAUUAAAUAGAUAUAAAGUUUGUACCUACUGAUGUUGCAGAGUUUUACGUCGGCCAUAGCAGGUAGAUGAAUUGAACUCUUUUUGUUGUUCAUGGCUUCUUAUUUCUGUUUGUUGGUUUUGUUUAUGAUUUUCUUGAAUUGCCAUUCUCUAGUACCACUA